CCCACCCUCCCGCUACUCCUCAGGCAUUAUGGCUUCGCCAACGCGGACAUCCUCCGGAUCGUGCGCAGCGCCUCGGUGCUUCUCCUAGUCGACCCCGAAAGGAUCCUCCGUCCCAAGCUCGACUUCUUCGCCUCCCUCGGCUUCAAGCCCCGCAAGCUCGCCACCGCACCUUUCCUCCUCGCGCGCAGCCUCGACAAGCACCUCGUCCCCUCCAUCCAGUUCCUCCGCGGCAUCAUCGGCAGCGACGACCACCUCCGCCAAGCUCUCCACCGCCAACCCCGCACCCUCUCCAGCGACCUCGAGACCAGCAUGCGCCCCGCCGUGGAAGCCCUCCGCCGCGGCGGCCUUACCGAGGCUGCCAUUUCGAAGCUCCUCGUCAUCAACCUGUGCGUGCUCAGGUUGUCGCCGGAUCGGAUAAGCAAAGUCUUCGAGGACCUCAAGGAGAUCGGUAUGUGCAUCGCGGACUCGCGAUCCCUCUACUGCUUCGGUGUGAUGUGCACCCUCAAGAGAGAGACGUGGCUUCGAAAGCUGGAACUGUACACAAGCUUCGGGCUGUCGGAGGGCGAGGUGUUCAGCGCCUUCAAGACCCAGCCCACCAUGCUGGCUUUGGCCGAUGACAACAUAGAAAAGAAGGUCCGGUUCUUGCUGGACGAGCUCAAGCUUGGAAUACAUGCUAUAAUGUCGCGGCCUGUGAUUCUAUGUUAUAGCUUGGACAAGUGCAUCCUGCCGAGGUGCGCCGUGCUGAGCGUGCUGAUGAGGGAGGGGAGGAUCCAGAGAGAAAUCAAAUUGCCUCAGGCGUUGCUCGGUACUUCCAGGGAAUUCUCGACCAAAUACGUAUUGAAGCAUGCCGAUGAGAUUCCAGAUGUUGUUAAGGCAUACGAGGGUAAGAUCAAAUUUGAAGGAUUCGGAUGCGACACAUGACUUUAUGUUCGAUAGCCCGGUUCUUUCCUUAUGAGACGGUAUAACUCUAGAUUAUUAGGCUUUAUGUUCCUAUCCUACCGCUUGUGAUUAAAUAUAUCAAAUCAUGACUCAUGCAUGAUUCUAACUCUGCUUCAGAGAACAAAUUAUUUCCCCCAUUGAUGGUCCAUGUGGACUCGGUAUCAUCUACAUUUGUAGUUUAGCAGCUGCUAUUUUGCG